AUGAACCGAUCCUCAUCCUCACUCCGCGGCGUGCCCGAGACGCAGAUACUUUACAUCACCGUGAAUCGGGACGAAUCCGGAAGUCUUGGGCUCUCCAUAGCCGGAGGGAUGGAAUCGACACCUUACAAAGAAGGAGACCAAGGCCUGUUCAUCUCCAGAGUCACCCCCGGCGGCCCAGCAGACAAGGCUGGACUCCGUCAAGGUGAUAAGCUGCUGAAAGUCAAUGAAGCCGACGUCGUGAAUGUACGACAUGACGUGGCCGUACAGAAGAUGCAAUCCAACAGGGCACGAAUAGAAUUGACGGUCCUGCGCACAGAUGAAGCCCCGGCGGCCAGCUCGAUUCGACAAUCCCCGAAUGUGAGUCAAUCGUUGGAUACGUCGAUCAGAUCGGAGAACAAUGAUAGCUUGUCGCGGGAGACCGUUACGACAACUAUCAAGCGUGAUUCUGCCACCGGAUCCCCAGGCUUCACCAUCGCUGGAGGAACUGGGGUCGGAAAGGACCUCUUCUACAUCUCUCAAAUCACUCCAGGUGGAGCUGCAGCUAAGGAUGGGAAAGUUCAGAUCGGCGAUCGCGUACUGUCCAUCAACGGAACCUCCCUCCGAGGAGCACGUCACGAUCAAGCCGUCGCCCUCCUGACUGGCCACGCUGACAGCGAAGUAUACCUAGUGGUACAAAGAGAGCGACCAUCCCUGACCUCUCCCCUACCACCGGCUGUCACAUCGCCCACAAACACCAUCGCUCCUCCCACAAUCGCGCCAGGCCUCGUUCGUGCUCCCUCAAGAAGCGCUCCCCUGAAUCUCCUUGGGGAUACGACGUCCUGGGACGGUCACGAGGAUGAGGUCGAGCUCACAAAGGACGGCCAAUCGCUUGGUCUCUCCGUCGUUGGUGGUGCUGACCAUUCAUCACACCCAUUCGGUAUCAAGAGCCCCGGCGUGUUCAUCUCCAAGAUUGCCGUUAACUCGCCCGCGUCGAAAUGUGGGCGGCUACGUGUCGGUGAUAGGAUCUUGAUGGUCGAUCGUACUGAUGUCCGUACAGCAAAGCACGCCGAUGCUGUAGCUGCACUAAAGCACAGCCAAAACAAGGUGCUGCUCCGGGUUCAUCACGAUCCACAGCCAGCAGGGUUGAAGGAGGCUACCGUACUCCGGCGAGAAGGCGGCACUCUGGGCAUUUCGAUCCACGGAGGGGUGAGAAAUACCCCCGCCAAUCCGCACGACUCGACCGAUGAAGGGAUAUUCAUCGAACGUGUUGAGCCGGGCAGCGUCUCCGAGGCCGCCGGGCUCGUUCAGGGAUUACGCAUUAUCGAGGUCAACGGCGAAAGCUUGCUCGGCUGUACCCAAGACGAAGCCGCCGGUUCCCUCCGACGACACCCCGAACUGAAGAUGCUCGUCUGCGACGGCUACAAUCGCGCCUCAAACCGGGAAUCGCCGGUACCGGAUGAGAACUCGAUGGAAAGGAUCCCUUCCCCGGCGCUGACCUCCCCGAUCAUUCACCAUCCAAACAACAUCGUCAGCUACUCCCCAAAUCUCUCCGGACUCACCGAAGCACCGCUAGCCACCAGCUCACCCCUGCCUGCUUCUAACAUCCCGAAACCCUCCCGCAUCCCACCACCGGUUGCCCCAAAACCGACAUUGAAGACUUCGCAGCUUGACAACAUUCGAAGCGCCGCCCAAAAGGAAUCAUCCCCGGAACGCUUGAACUUCUCAUCAAAACUUCAGAAGUUUGAGCGCGAGAUCGAGAUCAAGAGGCCGGAGCGAACUACGAGUGCUGUUUCUCUACCACCUCCAGACAAGAAACCCCUACUCUCCGAGUCGGACAUGAAAAAGCUGAAGGAAGAAGAAUCUAAAAAGAUCCUGGAUGUUCUGCCUAGCGCUGCUCCAUUGGAUAGUCCCGAUAAAGACAUCUUCUUCAAUGAACUCAUCGACAAUUCCUACCUGUCUACCAGCUCCAACGGCAAAUCAAUGAUCCCUAUCCGGUCAAAGAAAGCGGAAAACCGAGCGAUUGCAUCUGGGCAGAUUGAUUCUGAUGAGGGAUUAUCUGAGGCUGAAAAAGCGCUACGUGAACAGCAAAAACGCAGCGAAUGGCGUGCAGCCCGGCUGAAGAGCAUAGAUCAAGAACGGGCAGUGGCUGAUGCUAUGAUGCAACGAUUGCAACACGGCUCGCCGCUUUCUUCUAUCAGCGAAUCCGGUCAAACUACGCAGAGAAUAGUAUCUUCCGUCGACAACGGUGAAAGCACCAUUAGCAUCGUUCAGAAGAGCUUUACAAAGAAAGAGAUGGAAGUCGGCAACGGUGACAUCGGAUACGCCGAUGAC